GGGAGAAAAGGAAAAAAAAAAAAAAAAAACUGGUGUGGAGCUUCGGCGUGAGUCCAGUUACAUCACCAGCAGCCUUUAAGAAGCCUCCCAGCUCACCGGUGGAGGUAGAAGUCAGCCAGCAACGAGGGACACGCACCUCUGCUUCCUACUCUGACGGCGCGGGGACACAAUGGAGAUAAAUUUCCCCAUAAACACCAGAAAGACCAACAGGACGCCAUGCUGCAGUAUAAAGCUGUUCGUCCUGUGCCACAGCUUCCUGCAGCUCUCGCAGCUGCUCUACAGCGCCUACUUCAGGAGCACCAUCUCCACUAUCGAGAGGCGCUACGGCCUCAGCAGCUUCUCCUCAGGAACCAUUUCCUCUCUCAACGAGAUCAGCAACUGCAUCCUGAUUGUGUUUGUGAGCUACUUCGGCAGCCGGGUCCACCGUCCUCGUGUGAUUGGCUUCGGCGGACUGCUGAUGGCCAUCAGCGCCAUGAUCCUCACCUUACCUCACUUUCUGUCGCAGCCCUACACACGCGACUUGUCUUUGCAGAAGUUCCACGAUCUUUGCAAACCACAUGACAACGCCACCAGCCCGGAGUCAUGUGGUCAAGAAGAUACCAGGCGCCUGGCUGACACCACCCUGGUGUGGAUAUUUAUGGCCAUCGCUCAGCUGCUGUUCGGCGUGGGGUCGGUGCCCAUCCAGCCCUUCGGCAUUUCCUACAUUGACGAUUUUGCAGGACGUAAAAAUUCCCCUCUCUACAUAGCCAUCCUGUUUGCCGUGUCUGUGUUUGGACCUUCCAUCGGCUACCUGCUGGGCUCGAUCAUGCUUCGGUUCUACGUGGACGUGAACAGAAGUGGCUCCGAUGCAUUUCCGGUGUUGAGCCCCGUCGACCCCGACUGGGUGGGGGCUUGGUGGAUGGGUCUGCUUAUCAUCACCGUCUUCCUGACCCUCUCCUCCAUUCCUUACUUUUUCUUCCCCCGUCAAAUGAGCUUUGAAGUAAACAUGGCGGAGACUGAGGCUGACUCAAACGAUAACUUUCAGGAGAAGGAUGGGUCUUUGCUUGAGUUCCUUAAAUUGUUUCCUAGAAUGUUCUUCCGCCUGCUGUCGGGUCCUCUCUUCCUCUUGCUGGUCCUGUCCCAGUGCUGCUUUUCCUCAGUCAUAGCAGGCCUAGCUAGCUUCCUUAGCAAGUUCCUGGAGAGACAAUAUGGGGCUUCAGUUACCUACAGCGCUCUGCUAGUAGGGUCUUUGAAUCUACCAGCUGCAGCGGUGGGGAUGCUCAUCGGUGGCUUCAUCAUGAGGAGGACGGGACUCACCAUGAAGAACAUCCCUCGUUUCUCAGUCAUCAUGCUAAUCAUUUCCACGCUCCUCUCCAUCCCUCUCUUCUUUAUGGGCUGCGACACGCAGAAAGUCUCUGAGGUCAAUUACCCAGUUGCACCUCCCGGGUCAUUACCCAAGUGCUCCGCCAGCUGCUCCUGUCCUGAGAGCGCCUUCCAUCCCGUCUGUGACUCCAAUGGGAUUGAGUACAUUUCUCCCUGCCAUGCUGGCUGCACUAACUUCACCUUAAACCCCAACAGCACCUUCAGAGUCCUGGUAUUUACCAACUGCAAGUGUGUAUCUGGGGCUGAGCGCCAAGCCAAGCCAGGUCCUUGUCCAAACAGCUGCUUUCAUUAUCUCCACCCAGUCAUACUGCUCAUCUCUCUAGCUUCGCUGAUUGCCUGCCUCUCUCACAACCCACUGUACAUGAUGGUGCUCAGAUGUGUUUCCUUUGAUGAGAAAUCAUUCGCUAUAGGACUUCAGUUCUUACUAAUGAGAAUAUUAGCCUGGCUUCCGGCUCCAGCGUUCUUUGGGAUGGCCAUUGACAUGUCUUGCAUCUGGUGGAAAAACGUGUGCGGCUCGAAGUUCAGCUGCGGAUACUAUGACAACGGCCUCUUCAGGAGCCGAUACUUGGGUUUACAGGUGGGUUAUAAGAUCAUGGGCAUCUUCCUGCUGAUCAUCCUGGGUUGGAAGGCAAAACGGACCCAGGAGUACGAUCUGGAGCAGAAGCCCAAUCUCUGAGUGUGAUCCGGCUGAGACUCGUCUCGUAGCGUCGCUGUGAAGUUAGAACAUUUUGAAGAAGAAUGUUCCUUGAAAGGCUGCAUCUGCAAUAAAGGAUGAAAUCACGAUUAAAAACUGUUAAAUAUCUUUGAACAUUACGUGUUCGUGUUAGGUUGGAAUGGACUUGGGUUUCUGUUUGCUUUGGGAACAUACUCUAUAACUAAUGAACUAUAUAGCUUAAUAUUUAAGUUAUUUUCUACAUAUUUGUCUCAUACCCUGAGACAUCAUUAACAACACCAAGAAUGGUUUCAUGUAUAAUCAUAUGUAACUUUUUGAUGAAUUUUCGGAUAUUAAGCACCUACACCUACCUUUUAUAUUUUUAAAUAAAAUAAAUUAUGCACCUAAAUCA